UGUGCGGUGAAGCUUGCCAAGAUGGUGGGGUAUGUGAGUGCGGGCACUGUGGAAUACCUGUACAGCCAGGAUGGGAGUUUCUACUUUCUGGAGUUGAAUCCCCGCCUGCAGGUGGAGCACCCCUGCACAGAGAUGGUCGCGGAUGUUAAUCUGCCAGCAGCGCAGCUCCAGAUUGCCAUGGGAAUUCCCCUCCACAGGAUCAAGGAUAUCCGAGUGAUGUAUGGCGUUUCUCCGUGGGGAGAUGCAUCGAUUGAUUUUGAGAAUUCAGCCCAUGUCCCGUGUCCACGUGGCCAUGUCAUCGCUGCACGUAUCACCAGUGAGAAUCCUGAUGAGGGAUUUAAGCCCAGUUCUGGUACAGUUCAGGAACUGAAUUUCCGAAGCAAUAAGAAUGUCUGGGGCUAUUUCAGUGUUGCUGCUGCAGGAGGGCUUCAUGAAUUUGCUGACUCUCAGUUUGGUCACUGCUUCUCUUGGGGAGAAAAUCGUGAAGAAGCCAUCUCGAACAUGGUGGUGGCUUUGAAGGAGCUGUCCAUCCGAGGGGAUUUCCGAACCACUGUUGAGUACUUGAUUAAGCUGUUGGAAACGGAAAGCUUCCAGCAGAACCGCAUCGACACGGGCUGGUUGGAUCGGCUCAUUGCUGAGAAAGUCCAGGCUGAAAGGCCCGAUACCAUGCUGGGAGUGGUGUGCGGAGCUCUGCAUGUGGCUGAUGUGAGCUUCCGAAACAGUGUCUCAAACUUCCUGCACUCUCUAGAAAGGGGCCAAGUCCUGCCUGCUCAUACUCUGCUAAACACUGUGGAUGUGGAACUCAUCUAUGAAGGACGGAAGUAUGUGCUGAAGGUGACCCGACAGUCUCCCAACUCCUACGUGGUCAUCAUGAACAGCUCGUGUGUGGAAGUUGAUGUGCACCGACUGAGCGAUGGAGGACUGCUGCUGUCUUACGAUGGUAGCAGCUACACGACCUACAUGAAAGAAGAAGUGGACAGGUAUCGCAUCACUAUAGGUAACAAGACCUGUGUCUUUGAGAAGGAGAAUGAUCCCUCCAUUCUGCGAUCACCCUCAGCUGGGAAGCUUAUCCAGUAUGUGGUGGAGGAUGGGGGACACGUGUUUGCAGGCCAGUGCUUUGCAGAAAUAGAGGUGAUGAAAAUGGUGAUGACACUAACAGCAGGAGAAUCAGGCUGCAUCCAUUAUGUCAAACGCCCGGGGGCAGUCUUGGAUCCAGGCUGUGUGAUUGCCAAGCUCCAGCUGGAUGAUCCGUCCCUGUGUUUCCAGGCUGAACUGCACACGGGUACCUUGCCGCAGAUCCAGAGCACAGCACUUCGAGGCGAGAAACUCCAUCGCAUCUUCCAUUACGUCCUGGAUAACCUGGUCAAUGUGAUGAAUGGCUACUGCUUGCCAGAGCCCUACUUCAGCAGCAAGGUGAAAGGCUGGGUCGAGCGACUAAUGAAGACACUGAGAGACCCAUCUUUGCCUCUGCUGGAACUUCAGGACAUCAUGACCAGUGUUUCUGGACGGAUCCCACCCAAUGUAGAGAAGUCCAUCAAGAAGGAGAUGGCCCAGUACGCCAGCAACAUCACAUCAGUCCUUUGCCAGUUUCCCAGCCAACAGAUUGCCAAUAUCUUGGAUAGCCAUGCGGCCACCUUGAACCGCAAAUCAGAGCGUGAGGUCUUCUUCAUGAACACUCAGAGCAUCGUGCAGCUUGUACAGAGGUACCGGAGUGGUAUUCGGGGUCACAUGAAGGCGGUGGUGAUGGAUCUGCUCCGUCAGUAUCUGAAGGUGGAGACUCAGUUUCAGCAUGGUCACUAUGACAAGUGUGUCUUUACCCUUCGGGAAGAGAACAAAAGUGAUAUGAAUGCUGUGUUGAACUACAUCUUCUCACAUGCUCAGGUCACCAAGAAGAACCUGCUUGUUACAAUGCUCAUUGAUCAGCUGUGUGGCCGUGACCCCACCUUGACAGAUGAGCUGAUUAAUAUUCUGACAGAGCUGACCCAGCUCAGCAAGACAACCAACGCCAAAGUGGCCCUGCGAGCACGGCAGGUGCUCAUUGCUUCCCACUUGCCGUCCUAUGAGCUGCGUCACAACCAGGUGGAGUCCAUCUUCCUGUCCGCUAUCGACAUGUAUGGGCACCAGUUCUGCAUUGAGAACCUCCAGAAACUCAUUUUGUCUGAGACAUCCAUCUUUGAUGUGCUACCCAACUUUUUCUACCACAGUAACCAGGUGGUAAGAAUGGCAGCUUUGGAGGUGUACGUUCGAAGGGCAUAUAUUGCCUAUGAGUUAAACAGUGUCCAGCAUCGCCAGCUGAAGGAUAACACUUGUGUGGUGGAGUUCCAGUUCAUGCUACCUACCUCCCAUCCGAACAGAGGGAACAUCCCCACGCUAAACAGAAUGUCCUUCUCUUCCAACCUCAAUCACUACGGGAUGGUCCACGUAGCUAGCGUGAGUGAUGUACUGCUAGACAAUUCAUUCACUCCACCGUGCCAGCGGAUGGGUGGAAUGGUCUCCUUCCGCACAUUUGAAGAUUUUGUCAGGAUCUUUGAUGAAGUGAUGGGUUGCUUCUGCGACUCUCCUCCCCAGAGCCCAACCUUCCCUGAAGCUGGCCAUGCUUCCUUGUAUGAUGAAGACAAGACCGCUCGGGAGGAGCCCAUUCACAUUCUUAAUGUUGCUAUUAAAACAGACAGUGACGUUGAUGAUGAUGGGCUGGCAGCCAUGUUCAGAGAGUUCACACAAAGCAAGAAAUCAGUCCUGAUUGAACAUGGGAUUCGGAGGCUGACUUUCCUUGUAGCCCAAAAGGACUUCAGGAAACAGGUCAACUAUGAGGUGGAUCAGAGAUUUCAUAGGGAAUUUCCAAAGUUCUUCACGUUCCGUGCCCGGGAUAAGUUUGAGGAAGACAGGAUUUAUCGUCAUCUAGAGCCAGCUCUGGCUUUUCAGCUCGAGUUGAACCGAAUGCGAAACUUUGACCUCACGGCCAUUCCGUGUGCCAAUCACAAAAUGCAUCUCUACCUGGGAGCAGCGAAAGUUGAAGUGGGAACAGAAGUGACUGACUACAGGUUCUUCGUGAGGGCCAUUAUAAGGCAUUCCGACCUGGUUACCAAGGAAGCCUCCUUCGAGUAUCUGCAAAAUGAGGGAGAGCGAUUGCUUCUGGAGGCCAUGGAUGAGCUGGAGGUGGCGUUUAAUAAUACCAACGUGCGCACGGACUGCAAUCACAUCUUCUUAAAUUUCGUGCCUACCGUCAUCAUGGACCCAUCUAAGAUUGAAGAAUCGGUGCGGAGCAUGGUGAUGCGCUACGGGAGCCGCCUGUGGAAACUCCGCGUCCUCCAAGCCGAGCUGAAGAUCAACAUUCGUUUGACGCCGACUGGGAAGGCAAUUCCCAUUCGCCUCUUCCUGACUAACGAGUCGGGCUACUAUUUGGACAUCAGCCUGUACAAAGAAGUGACAGACUCCAGAACAGGACAGAUUAUGUUCCAGGCGUAUGGGGAUAAACAGGGACCACUUCAUGGGAUGCUGAUCAAUACCCCGUACGUGACCAAAGACCUGCUGCAGUCCAAGAGAUUCCAGGCACAGACUUUAGGGACAUCGUAUGUCUAUGACAUUCCCGAGAUGUUUCGGCAGUCUUUGAUUAAACUCUGGGAUUCUGUGAAUGAACACGCGUUCCUGCCAACGCCGCCGCUGCCUUCUGACAUCCUAACGUACACUGAGCUGGUGCUGGAUGAUCAGGGCCAGCUCGUGCACAUGAACAGGCUGCCAGGAGGAAAUGAGAUUGGGAUGGUGGCCUGGAAGAUGACUCUGAAGACCCCCGAGUAUCCAGAAGGCCGCGAUAUCAUUGUCAUUGGCAAUGACAUUACGUACCGAAUAGGUUCUUUUGGGCCUCAAGAGGACCUGCUGUUCCUGAGGGCUUCGGAGCUUGCUCGAACACACGGUAUCCCCCGUAUCUAUGUGGCUGCCAACAGUGGAGCCAGGAUUGGUUUGGCUGAGGAGAUUCGACACAUGUUCCACGUAGCUUGGGAAGACCCAGAUGACCCAUACAAGGGAUACAAAUACUUGUACCUGACUCCUCAAGACUAUAAGAAAGUCAGUGCCCUGAACUCCGUUCACUGUGAGCAUGUGGAGGAUAAUGGAGAGUCCAGGUAUAAGAUAACAGAUAUUAUCGGAAAGGAAGACGGGCUUGGAACAGAGAACCUCAGAGGAUCUGGCAUGAUUGCUGGAGAGUCGUCUUUAGCCUAUGAGAGCAUUAUCACCAUCAACUUGGUUACAUGUCGGGCAAUUGGAAUUGGGGCUUACCUUGUUCGGCUCGGUCAGAGGACUAUCCAGGUUGAGAACUCCCAUAUAAUCCUGACUGGCUGUGGAGCGCUCAACAAAGUGCUUGGACGGGAAGUUUAUACCUCCAACAACCAGCUGGGCGGGAUCCAGAUCAUGCACAACAACGGGGUGACGCACAGCACGGUGUGCGAUGACUUCGAAGGCGUCUACACGAUCCUGCAGUGGCUUUCCUACAUGCCAAAGAGUGUAUACAGCCCUGUUCCUAUCCUCAAAGUCAAGGAUCCUAUAGAAAGAACCAUAGAGUUCGUGCCUACCAAGACUCCCUAUGAUCCUCGCUGGAUGCUGGCUGGGCGCCCAAAUCCAAGUCAAAAAGGACAGUGGCUAAGUGGUUUCUUUGACAAUGGCUCGUUCCUGGAGAUCAUGCAGCCCUGGGCGCAGACGGUUGUGGUUGGUAGAGCAAGGCUGGGAGGAAUACCUGUAGGAGUAGUUGCCGUAGAAACGAGAACGGUGGAGCUCAGCAUCCCUGCUGAUCCUGCAAACCUGGACUCUGAGGCCAAGAUAAUCCAGCAGGCUGGUCAGGUGUGGUUCCCUGACUCUGCCUUUAAGACUGCGCAGGCUAUCAAUGACUUCAACAGAGAAGGGCUGCCCCUGAUGGUCUUUGCUAACUGGAGAGGCUUCUCGGGUGGAAUGAAAGACAUGUACGACCAAGUGCUCAAGUUUGGUGCCUACAUUGUGGACGGCCUGAGGGAGUACCGUCAGCCUGUGCUUAUCUACAUCCCACCGCAGGCGGAGCUGAGGGGAGGCUCCUGGGCCGUGAUUGACCCCACCAUUAACCCUCGUCAUAUGGAGAUGUACGCAGACCGAGAAAGCAGAGGAGGAAUCCUGGAACCAGAGGGGACGGUAGAAAUCAAAUUCCGCAGGAAGGAUCUGGUGAAGACGAUGAGGCGAGUGGACCCCAUCUACAUGCGCCUGGCAGAGCGGCUGGGUACCCCUGAGCUGAGCCCUGCUGACCGAAAGGAGCUGGAGACCAAGCUGAAGGAGCGGGAGGAAUUCCUGAUUCCCAUUUACCACCAGGUAGCCAUGCAGUUUGCCGACUUGCACGACACGCCGGGCCGCAUGCAGGAGAAGGGGGUCAUAACCGACAUUCUAGACUGGAAAACUUCCCGAACUUUCUUCUACUGGAGAUUAAGACGUCUUCUUCUAGAAGAUGUGGUAAAAAAGAAGAUCCAUGAUGCCAAUCCUGAGCUGACCGAUGGGCAGAUCCAGGCUAUGCUGCGACGCUGGUUUGUGGAAGUGGAAGGGACAGUGAAGGCGUACUUGUGGGACAGCAACAAGGACCUGGUGGAGUGGCUGGAGAAGCAGCUGACGGAAGAGGAAGGCGUUCGCUCCGUGGUGGAUGAAAACAUCAAAUACAUCUCGAGGGACUACAUCCUCAAGCAGAUACGGAG